AUGGCUUAUAGCGAAAAAGUAAUAGAUCAUUACGAAAAUCCUCGUAAUGUUGGUAUGGUGGGUGCACCUGCAUGUGGCGAUGUAAUGCGUUUACAAAUCCAAGUGAAUGACAGUGGUGUAAUUGAAGAAGCUCGCUUUAAGACUUAUGGCUGUGGCUCUGCAAUUGCAUCUAGCUCACUCGUAACCGAAUGGUUAAAAGGCUGUUCUGGCUUAGCUUAUGUACUUGAGUUUGUUGAUAAUAUCGACACUCAUGAUCAAAUGUUCGAGCAGUUUGGUGUAAAAGUUUUUGUAGAUCCAAAAAGUUUGGUUUAUCUCGAUGGUAUGGAAAUGGACUAUGUUAAAAAUGGUCUCAAUGAAGGCUUCGAGUUUAAUAACCCAAAUAAAAAAGCUAAUUUCCUAAAACUACAACAGCAAUAUCAUCCUGAUAAAGCUGAAGAUAAAGACAAAGCUUUGAUUAAAUCAAGUGAAAUUAAUCAAGCAUAUAAAGCUUUAUCCAAUGUAGACAGUCGUGCUGCUUAUCUACUGUCACUCAAAAAGCAAGAUCAUCACUUAGAUCAAUCAAUUAGUGAUUUUGAGUUUUUACAAUCUGCUUUAGAAAUUCGUGAGCAGCUUGAUGAAGCAACCAAUACCGAACAAUUGCAUUCUUUAAAAAAAGAAGUCCAACAAUGGAUUGAUGGCUUAGUUCGUGAAUUCAAAAUUGAUUUUGAGGAUGAAGAUUGGGCUGAAGCACGCGACACUGUGCGCAAGUUACGAUUCUUUCAAAAAGUCAUGAAUGAUAUUGAUAAAGCCGAAGAUCAGCUUUUAAAUGAUGAAGAUUUUAGCUUAGAUGAUGAUUUCUAA